CAUCGCAAUGAGUCACAUCCACUCGAGCAGGAAGUCAGCUCUGUGCCCUCUGGGUGGAAACUGCACUGAGCACCAUCACCAGGUUAGGAUGUCUAAACUGCUCCACCUGCCUGACCACGCCCCUACACAGAGUGCUCGCGCCCAGUCUCACCUGUUUCCUACCGUGGAUGUCCCUGACCACGCCCACUACAUCAUUGGCUCAGUCAUCCUGUUGGUAGGGGUAACAGGCAUGCUGGGAAACGCUCUGGUCAUCUACGUGUUCUGUCGCAGUCGGACGCUGAGGUCGCCCAGCAACCUGCUAGUGGUUAACUUGGCGGCCGCCGACUUCCUGAUGUCCUUGACACAGUCUCCGGUCUUCUUUGUGGCCAGCCUGCAUCACCGCUGGGUGUUUGGGGAGCUGGCCUGCGAGCUGUAUGCCUUCUGCGGUGCUCUCUUUGGCAUCACCUCCAUGAUAACGCUGACGGCAAUUGCGGUGGACCGUUGCCUGGCUAUCACGCGUCCUCUGGCGAUGCUGGGUGGGGUGAGUCAUCAGAGAGUGUUGGUGGUGGUGGCAGUUGUGUGGCUGUACUCUCUGGGCUGGAGUCUGCCGCCGUUCUUCGGGUGGAGCGCCUACGUCCCUGAAGGCCUGCAGACAUCCUGCAGCUGGGACUACAUGAGCUUUACAGCUGCUGUACGCACUUACACCCUCCUGCUGUUCUCCUUCGUCUUCUUCAUCCCACUCGCUGUCAUUGCUGCGUGCUACUUUGCCAUUUUCCGGGCAGUGCAGCAGGCGGGGCGGGAAAUAGAGCAGCUGAACUGUGGCGAGGUCAACAAGGCAUAUGAGCGUCUGCGCAGCGAGUGGCGAAUGGCUAAGGUGGCUCUGGUAGUAAUCCUGCUCUUCAUCGUUUCCUGGUCGCCAUACUCUGUGGUUGCUCUCACCGCCACCGCCGGCUACGCACACCUGCUGACUCCAUACAUGAACUCGGUGCCAGCUGUCAUCGCCAAGGCCUCUGCCAUCCACAACCCCAUUAUCUAUGCCAUCACACACCCAAAGUACCGCGCUGCCAUUGGUCACUAUGUCCCUUUUCUUCGCAGCGUGCUACGGCUGCAGGAGAAGGACCUGCGCUCCUCUUUCAGCUCAAGCGCAACUUCGUCUCGCUGUACCACUUUUACCAGCUCGCCAAAAGGUCGACUUAAUGCCAGCGUCAGGACCAAUGGCCACCAGGCUCAGAACCGCCUAUCCUCAGUGUCUGACAGCAAGUCGUGCUGGAUGGAGAGCGAUGCCGACGGCUCGAGCAGAAGAUCAGAGAGGCAGGCGUUCUCAGAGGCCACCGCUAACCCCUUGGACUCCACCACACCGAGGCAGCACGUGGGCCACACCGACGCCAGUUCAUCUGACGGCGCCGUGCUCGAGGCCAAACUUCCUCUGUGAUGCUGCCCUCGUGGUUCUGCUCUUACUGGUCAAAGGUUUUGAUCAGAUGGAGAGACGAAAUGAGAUCAGGGAGUGAUGCAGGCCUUUGAUGGUGAUGACAUCACUGUGUUACUCACGGUUACGCAGCUGAUUGGAAACUUGAGCUUCAUGUGAAUAUUGAUUGAUUUUCCUGUGAUGUGAUCGAUUCGGUUUUCUGAUUAAUUUGUCAGUAAAGUUCAGUUCAAGCUAAAUUUCUUCAGGUUUUUUUUUACCACAGAAACAUGAUGAUGUGUGAGGCGUGAUUGAAAUUUGAAAUCUGCAGCAGUGUUUGAGCAUCAACAUCU